GCACCCGUGCAUCUUGAGGGUUAGUCUCACACAUGAAGGUGUAUUAUUAAAACGGGGCGUUCAUCACCUGCCACUUUCACCUGCUAGCGUCAGUCAACUGGGCUGUGCGUCGUUUUCCUGACACGACACUUUUAUCUGAUUGGUCCAGCCUUGCUUCAGGGGCGGGCGCUCCGGAUGCUUUUCUGAAAUCCCAUUGGACGAGGGGCGCCUUGGUCGACGUGACGCAGCUUGGAAUUCCCAAAGUUCCCAAGUUCAGGGGGAAGAGAGGAGCGUUGUUCUUACUAAAAAACAAAACGUUUUGAAGGAAAAUAAACAGCCGACGACUGAGCUAUAAGCAAGAGGGAAUAUCAUAAAAGCUGAAUCUGCACCGUGCUGUGCCGAGUUGAGCCUGAAGAGGGCGAUGUCUGACAACAGCAACAGCACAGGCAGCAGUGCGUCCUCAACCAACAGCUGGACCCUCCUCUCCCCCGAGGAAGCUGCUAUUGAGAAUGUCGGGCCUGUUGACGAUGGGACUGAGAGCCUGGGUGACGUCCCCAGUCUCUCUGAGGAGGUGGCAGGAGCUGCUGUGGAGUUCAAACCGAGUGACAUUCCAGUAGAAACUGUGCUGUCUGAGGAGGGCCAUCAGGUGUGUCAAGAGACCUCUCCAGACUCCAGCGAGGGUCCCAUCCCUUCUAGUCCAGCCCGGAUGAGUCCCCUUCCGCAUAGCCCCCUUGACCCUGAGGACCUCGACCUGGAGAGUCAGCCUCCAGUUAUCCAUGAUAUCGACACCAGCUCCCCCAGUGACAAUGAGAACCUAGGAGCCAUACCCUUUGUCACCAACAUUGAUUUGGGGACUCCACUUGAUAUUCCUGCUGCUGAUUUCCCCCCACCGGAGUUUGAGGAGUCCUGCUCUGCUCCCCCCAUGACUGAGAUCCCUGUCUCUGCAAAGCAAGGACUUGACACACCCACUGAUAUCGGGCCGAUAUCUGCAAGCCUUGCCACAGAGAGCCCUGUCUUCACUGCUGAACCUGAGGUUAACAUCCCCGCAGAGACCAUUACAGCCAAUGAUCCUCCCUCCCAUGCUGACGCUGAUAUCAGCUUUGUUCCAGAGAGCACAGAGCUGCCAAGCCCGGUCACAGAGGGCCUGGUGGCAGAAGAACCCAUUGAUGAAAGUCCUGCAGAGACAGUUGGUUCAGUAGAAGCAGAGGAGGAGGCAGCAGUGGAAAGGGAGGCGGCAGAGCCAUCUGAGGCAGUGCCCUAUUAUGAGAGAGAACAGGAAGAAGAAGAGCCAUCAACCAGUUUUGAUUUGGGUGACACAAGCGGCUUUGAUGAUGGACUGAGGAGGAGGAAUGUCCCCUCUUUUGAUGCGCCAAGGCCAAGAACGUCAGAUGAGGAAGAUGAGGAUGAGGAAGUGGAGUUCAAGCUUGCUGAGAAGAAGGAGGAAAAGCCAUGGUUCUCCUUGAACAAAUGCAUUGUGGGAGCUCUGAUCCUGCUCUUUUUAGGUUCCCUCUUCCUCUCAGGUUUCCUCUCUGACCUGGAUUAUGGUGACUUUGACGCCUCUGAACUGAGUGAUGGAGAACAAAGCCAGGACUGGCUUAGCAGUGAUCCACAGGAUAUGAAAGCGUUAUUGGAUAAACUGACACAGGAAAACCAACAAAUCGCUCAGCUAGAGGCUCAGCUACAGUCUCAAAAAGAAGAACUCGACUCUGCACUGAGGGCAGUAGCAGUGAGUGGUGAUGAAAAAGGUAAAGCAGAUCUGGAGAAAGAAAACACAAAGCUGAAGGAGGAGCUGUCAUCUCUGCCUGAGCUGAAGAAAGAGCUGGAGAUUCUGAGGGCCAGGGUGACUGAACUCAACCAGCUCACAGCUGAUCAAAAAAUGCCUCCGGCUGCUCCUAGUUCAGCCCCUCAGCCUGGUGAGAAAGAUGGUCCGAGUAAUCAGAAAGCAGCUGGACCUGAGAGGAGAAAGGAUGCAAAUGAGGGACAGAGGCUGAAGGAGGAACUCCAGAGACAGAAAGUUCUUUUGGAGGAGAGCAGAAAGAGACUGGAGGGGAUGAAAAGAGAUGGGGGUAGCAGGAAACACGUCAGGGAUAGCUUGGAGGAGAUCCAGAGGAAGCUUUCUGAGCAAGUUGAGAGGUGGGGGAAGAGGAAGCCGCAGGAGUCCAAAUGGAAAGGGAACAAAGGCAAAAAUAAUGAGCGGGACCACUGGAAGAAAGACGAAAAGAAAGAGCGGAGGGGUGAGAAAGAGUGGAAGCACAGCAGAGAUGGAGGAUGGAAGGAUAAAGAGGAGAAGAAGGAGAAGGAGUGGAAGUCUCAGAAGCAAAACUCUCACAAAGAGGCAUGGAGGAAACACCAGGACGAGUGGGAGAGGAAGAAGGACGAGCGCAGAAUGGACAGAGAGGAGAGGAGGAAGGAGAAGCCGUGGCACAGCCGGCCCGAUAAAAACUCACACCGUCACAGUCAUCAGCAUCAGCAGCACCAGCAUCACCACCAUCAGCAGCCCCGCCAGCCUCACCAGCACAACCACAACGAUUUCUGGAGAGACCAGGAGCAGAAGCUGCAACGCAACAUCCGCCCCCAGCUGGGCUGCAGCUCUGUGGACGAUUGCGCGGGCAAGGAGGGGCUCUACGCUGUGGAGCUGUCUGAGUUCGAGGAACUGCUGGAGGGUUACCUGAGCAAGCUUGAAGGGUCAUCGUCUGAGAGCAAGGACAAGAUCCGGAAGCUGACCGCGGAGUUCUUUGAGGACGGCGUGUUUAUCCACGACAGGGUCCUUUUCAGCGACUUUGCCGAGGAUGUAGCAGACAUUCUGGAGGACAUGGUGGACGUUUUAGAGGACGGCGGGCGGAAGGACGACGACUCCCUGGAGGAGGAGAUGGAGGAGUUUGAACGAGAGGCCCUGUGGAAAUUUGCCGCCACAGCUUAAGUAGAGACACACAGGGGAAAGGAGUAAAAUACAACACUAAGAUACAGCACACAGCAAGUGGUGGUUUUAUAGGACAUUUCUUGCCUACCUUCUCCUCUUCAGAGCUGUAAUUGUAGUAGCUUCUGGUACAGAGUGGUUGUGCCUCUCAUAAACGUGUCCCUCUGAGUCUUUAAUUAUGAGCUAGACUUGUACUUGUCAUUUUGGACUUAGUUGUUGUUACCUACCUCUGUCAGGUCAUGCCUCCUAAUGCGAAGUCCUUCAGUAAUGUGUUGUGUGGAUUUUCCUCUGCUAUAUAGUGUUUUCUCAGUACCUAGUGCAUGUUGCAGUUCAUUAUGUAAAUUCAAUUUGAUAAUCUUCAGAUCACACAAAUAACAGGGUUUAAAGGCGAUGGUAUUCACAAAUAAUUCUGUUGAGCAUCAGUGGAGUUGGGUUAAAUCUAUGUAUACAGUUCGUAUAGUGUUAUAUAAGUUAUCAGCUACAGAGAGACAUGUUAAAUUGACUGGUAAAUACUUCUCUGUCAUUUGACUUUCUCUCUUGUCUGGGAAUACAACCUGUCUCUACUCCAAACAAGUUAAAACAAAUGCUAAGAAAUUUUUUUGCAAAUACCAUUUGCUUCAAGUCAGGUGUAACUGUUCAAUCCCAGAGGAUGAGAUCCCACAUCUUUCAGUGAUAAGAAUAAGAUCAGGUCAGACUAGUUUUGUGUCAGCAGCUCUUUAGUAGAUUUGGGCAAACACACACACACACAGAGAGAGAAAGAAUGCUGUUUCAGAGCCCUAAGCGUUUCAUUUCUAGAUCUGAGAGACUUACUGCUCAAACUCCCAACUGUCAGUUGACAGCAGAUGUGUGGAACAACCAGGAACCAGUUUGUGAAACAUUCACAUCAGUGCUGCUCAGAAAAAGCAAUAGGACAAAAUGAUAUAUAAACUUAUAUAUAUAUAUAUAUAUAUAUAUAUAUAUAUAUAUAUAUAUAUAUACACACACACACAGCCAUAGCUGAAUUGAUGACUGCUAAACCACUUCAGCACUUUUCUCAAACGUUCACAUUUACAGCAAGGUUUUUUUUCUCAUAGACCAUCAGUUCUCUCUGAUAUUUUUUGUAACGUAGCCAUGGGGACCUCCAACACGUGAUCUACAUAUACUGGGUAUCCCAGAGCACACAGAGUAAAACAUAUAGAGUCAUGUAAUGAAGUUGUUUAAAUGAGAUUGGCAACCAAACCAGUAUUUUCUUUUUCAUUUUCUUUUUCUUAUUCUGUUAAUAGGCUGAUGCAAGUUGACAUGCACCAGUUAUUAGUAGCUGGUUCUAGAGGGGAAAAAAAGUAAAGUAAGGAAGCUGCUACUCUUCAUUUUGUUUUCUAAGAUGAAUAAGCCUGGUGAAGGUAAAACAAGAAUGGUACACUACAGCAUUAUUUUUUAGUGGAACUGAAAUAAUUAUGUUUUUUCUUUCAGUUUUUGAUCUUAGUCAUAUUUGAUUAUGGAUGUUUCCCUCUGACAGAUUGUGAUUGUUCUCAUUUUCCAGUGAUUGAAAGAAGCUUUGAAGUGUUCAAUGUUUUAUUUAUUCUGUCACUACACUGCAACUCUUUUUCUUAUUUUUCUAGCUAGAAGAACCACAGACUUUGUUCCAGGCCAUACACAUUGAAUGUGAAAAUGGUGAAGUUUUCAGUUUUGAUUUUUCAGAAGUUUAGUUUGCCAGCUGCUGCUUACGUGCCUUUAUUAUUACUAAUACAUUAGAUCAGACAAGAGGUCUUUGAUUUAAUUUGCUUCUGCAAAGAUUAAAAAGAAAACAGGUUUACACUACUUGCAAUUCUGCUGUGUUCAUAGGGCAGAGAAUGAAUGUCAUAGGGUUCACUUACGAAGUGUUGAACAGAUUUUUGUUAAACGUUGUCUUCUCUGCUGUUUCUACAGAGGAACUUUUUAAAAAAAAAAGUUUUUAGACCAAGGGGAUCAAAAGAAAGCUUCACCCGAACAGAUGAAUCCUUUAAUGAAACACAUUUCUGAAGAUUUAAUCAAUAUUUGAGACGUGUUUUUGUCUUUGUGGGACAACAGUAGGACUCUGUGUUUACUGAUAAUGUGGCUCAGAUGUGCAUGUAAUUGAUCCCUGGACAAAUGUGUUGAUAAAUUUGAAUCAUUUCUAGUUUCUCCCAUCAUCAGUUAUGUCCUAUUUUAGGAAGUCAGUGUUAAGUUGAAUAAAUUUUUCACCAUUAAA